CGGCGGAGUGAAGAUGGCGGAUGUAGUGGGAGCUGGACUGUCAGAUGAAAAAGAGGCAGAAAACGACGACAAGAGAGGGGAGAAAUGUUCAUGGGACGCCGGUGACAUGGGUGAAAUAAACGCUAAAGAUAUGACCGAAACGCUGGGCUUUUACGAACGGCACGCUGCAAGAAAAGAGAAACAUGACGCUCCAGAAUCGGAUCCAUCCCUGCUGCGGUUCAUGUGCGCGGAACUAACCAGGGGAUACUUCCUGGAGCACAAUGAAGCAAAGUACACAGAGCGGCGAGAGCGAGUGUACACUUGCAUGAGAAUCCCUGGCGAGCUGGAGAGGUUGAUGACCUUCGGCAUCUUCCUGUGUCUGGAUGCCUUCCUGUACGUCUUCACGCUGCUGCCCCUGCGCACCUUCCUCGCCCUGCUGCGCUUCCUCACCAUCCCCUGCUGCGGCCUCGGGGCUAAUGUAUGCCCAUACUGCAACCGGAGCAGUGGGGCUCGUCUGCUGCAGCCUGCCCAGGUGUGUGACCUGCUGAAGGGGCUGAUCAUGAUCCUGUGCUUCUGCAUGAUGCACUACGUGGACUACUCCAUGAUGUACCACCUGAUCCGGGGCCAGUCCGUCAUCAAGCUCUACAUCAUCUACAACAUGCUGGAGGUGGCAGAUCGUCUGUUCUCGUCGUUCGGUCAGGACAUCCUGGAUGCUCUGUACUGGACGGCCACGGAGCCCAAGUCCAGGAAGAGAGCCCACAUAGGGGUCAUCCCACACUUCUUCAUGGCCGUCUUCUACGUCUUCCUCCAUACCGUCCUCAUCAUGGUGCAGGCCUCCACCCUCAACGUGGCCUUCAACUCCCACAACAAGUCCCUGCUCACCAUCAUGAUGUCCAACAACUUUGUGGAGAUCAAAGGCAGCGUCUUCAAGAAGUUUGAGAAAAACAACCUCUUCCAGAUGUCAAACAGCGAUAUCAAGGAGAGAUUCACUAACUACAUCCUCAUGCUUAUCGUGUGUCUUCGCAAUAUGGAGCAGUUUUCCUGGAACGCAGAUCAUCUGUGGGUCCUCUGUCCAGACGUCCUGAUGGUGAUCUUGUCUGAGAUUGCUGUGGAUGUGAUAAAGCACGCCUUCAUCACCAAGUUCAAUGACAUCACGGCAGAUGUGUACAGUGAAUAUAAAGCCAGCCUGGCCUUCGAGCUGAUGAGCAGUCGGCAGCAAAACGCGUACACAGACUACAGCGACUCCGUAGCCAGGAGAAUGGGCUUCAUUCCUUUGCCCUUGGCUGUGCUGUUGAUCCGAGUGGUGAUCAGCUGUGUGAAGAUCCAGGGGGCGCUGUCAACUGUCUGUUUGCUUCUCUUCUACCUGGGGCUGAUAACGCUGAAGGUGCUGAACAGCAUCGUGCUGCUGGGGAAGUCGUGUAAGUACGUGCGGCAGGCGGAGAUGGAGCAGAAGCUCUUCAGGAAGCCGCCCAUGGCCACGCCCGCCAAGACAGCCAGCAGGCCCAGCAGAGCCAGGCCCAACAGCAGCAGCAGCAGCAGCAGUAACAUGCCAGCUACACCUAAAAUGGAGCAUCCCGCCACCUCCAUCACCAAGCAGCCGACCGCUCGUGCUGAGGUCAUCACCCCGGUGGCACCGUCGUCAUCGCCCCCAGUGGUGCCCAAGCACUCACCCCCCGCCGAGCCCGAACCCGAGCCCACGGAGCGCGUGGUGACUCCCCCCACGUCCCCCUCCCCGUCUCUUUCAGAGGGGGCCACCACCCCUCCUGACUCCCCAGAGCUCAAACACCGCUCGCCCAAGAAGGACCUACUGGACGUCGACCGCUUCAUGAUAAUCGGAAACCGUAUUGGUUGACGAGGGCCGGACGUGGCCCGCAUGCGGCCCGACAGACUCCUUUUAGCAGCUAUGCACACCGCCAAAGCCCUGCAGUGAGGGAUAUACAAUAUAAAAGGGAGAGUGACUGACAGCAUGAGGAUUCUUUUCACUAAAUUAUUCUCCAGCUUUUAAGUUAUUCAUUCUGCCGUUUUCUCCUCUGUUCAUUCUUCCCCCCGAUUGAGAUGUUUCCUCAAGGGUGGGGACGGAAAGGAGAGAACUAGCAUUCCGGUACAGGUGCUGGAUUCUGUAUCCAUGGACACGCCCAGUGUGCACAGAAUGUCUACCUGUCAUUGGUGGAAUUGAAAUGGGAGGAGCGACAAGUGGUCUCAGAUUGAAGCGCUUUUCAUACCUGAAGACUGAUGAACAAACUCAGAGACUCGUACGAAGAACUGAACUGGACGGGGCAAAUGCCCCAAAUGGCUGAUUGAAUAACUUUUUUUGUUUUAAUAAAUACACAUUUUAAGCCCUUAACAUUCUAUUCAAAAUUUAAAAUGUAUUAAGAUGUAAAAUGUAAUAUAUUCAAGAUUUGUCUGUUUACCAAAACAUUUUGUAUGGGAAAUCGAAGGAUAAUAUAUUUUCUGUGCCAUUUUUUUGCUCUAGUUAAAAGUAGUGGGCAACAUAUGGGCACCGCUCACAGAAGCGCUUAGUCUUUUCUGUAGGAACCAAAAAAACAUCUGCCAAUAAUUCCCAUAGAUGGUUUAAAAACAAAGGAACCCGUUUUUAAUAGAAAAUGCUGCCAAAAUUAACGCUUUCAUUGCCAGAAUGCUAAAAAAAAAAAAAGAAUAAAUCCCUUCAGGACAAAUGUUAUGUUAUGCUGCACGAAGUGUUCUUAGAACCUUCCAUUUAUAAUCUUCCAGAAAAUGUUGGAUAUUUCACACUUGGAACAAGUGUGAUAUGUCUAACAGGUGUAGAUGCUUAUUAAUACUAAUAAUGACACUAUUGGGAGUCAGGGGAUUUUUUUAUUACGAGGAGUAAGAGGUGUGACACUUUGCACUUUUUACCACAUUGUCUUAAUCUUUGCAAGUGUUCGUAACUAUUGAUUUUGUCAGGUUCAAUUCCUUGUAAUGCUUUUUUUAUGUUUACAUGGUUUGAGACAAUGAAUGAGAUGAUUCGAUUUUUUUUAAGCAUUUCUAAUAUAGGUUGAGUUCAUUUUCAAUUAUGGUUAUGGUGUCUUCAGUUAAUUGUCCCCAAACAUUUUUGAUAAGGAUUGUUAACCAUUGCCUUUCCACAAACUUUUAAAUGUUCAUUUAUAAAAAAAAUAUAUAUAUACCAUGUAGCCAAAACAUUAUCGUUAAAAGUUAUCGUUUGAUUACCACUUUUAUGAUAAUCCUAAAUUAAAAGAGUUAUGUUUAACCGUGUUAUUGCUAUGUCAUCACAAUGCUGUGGUAACUGCUGUAAGCCUGAUGCAAAUGGUACAGACCGGAGUCACUGGAUCAACAGUGACGUUACGUUUAUGUACUUUGGUUGGAUCAGCUAACGUCGCACGUCUGCUUCUUCCGCACAGACACGAGAUGUGACGUUAACAUUGACUUGAAAAGGUGUUUGAUUUCUUUUUGUCUUUUUGUUGUUCAUGUGUUGAAUGUUGUUCGACAAUUGUAGGAUUUUCAUGUCUGUAAUGGAAGCGAGCAUAUUUUUGUUCAGUAACACAUGGCUUUAAUUUAUUUUCUGUCAUUGUUUUUGUUGGUUUGAAAAAAUAGUAAUAGUAAUAAAAAAUGGUUCUAUUUUUAACGACUGCCGGUCAUACAGGAAGGUACUUAUAUAGGAGUUAUCGGCUGAACUCAUGAAGUAUUUUUCUAACUCUUCCAAAGUGGCAAAUACUGAAAAUGUGUGUCAAUAAUUUCACGUGUUCAGGUUAACAUCUUGUUUUAAACACUGUUUUGUGAAUGACAAAUAAACAUUAUUUUGUAA